CGCUCAGGUCCCCGCGCCUGGAGUCGGGGGACCGGCAGGCGACGGUGCCCAGGCAGCCUGCCGCAUGGAGCCCCGGGCGGCGGACGGUUGCUUCCUAGGGGACGUGGGUUUCUGGGUGGAGCGCACCCCGGUGCAUGAGGCUGCCCAGAGGGGCGAGAGCCUGCUGCUGCAGCAGCUGAUCGAGAGCGGCGCCUGCGUUAACCAAGUCACCGUGGACUCCAUCACGCCCCUGCACGCCGCCAGUCUGCAGGGCCAGGCGCGGUGCGUGCAGCUCCUGCUGGCAGCUGGCGCCCAGGUGGAUGCCCGCAACAUCGAUGGCAGCACCCCUCUCUGCGAUGCCUGUGCCUCAGGCAGCAUUGAGUGUGUGAAACUCUUGUUGUCCUAUGGGGCAAAGGUCAACCCCCCUCUGUACACAGCAUCCCCACUGCAUGAAGCCUGCAUGAGUGGGAGCUCUGAAUGUGUGAGGCUUCUUAUUGAUGUUGGGGCCAAUCUGGAAGCACAUGAUUGCCAUUUUGGGACCCCUCUGCACGUUGCCUGUGCACGGGAGCAUCUGGACUGUGUCAAAGUACUGCUCAAUGCAGGGGCCAAUGUGAACGCAGCAAAACUUCACGAGACAGCCCUUCAUCACGCAGCCAAGGUGAAGAAUGUCGACCUCAUUGAGAUGCUCGUUGAGUUUGGAGGUAACAUCUAUGCCAGGGACAACCGAGGCAAAAAGCCAUCAGACUACACCUGGAGCAGCAGCGCCCCUGCCAAGUGCUUUGAGUACUAUGAAAAGACACCUCUGACCUUGUCACAGCUCUGCAGGGUGAGCUUGAGGAAGGCUACUGGUGUUCGAGGACUGGAGAAAAUUGCCAAGUUAAACAUCCCUCCCCGGCUCAUCGACUAUCUUUCCUAUAACUGAGCUGCAAGCAGGGUCCUGGCUGGCUGAGGAUUUGACUGGUUGUUGCCUUGCUGUGCCCAGCUUCAGGCCAGAGAGGGUUCUGUUUGUCUGAAAUGCCAUCAUUUGAGUUCCUUUCGGCUGUCCUGUUUGGUCUCCUCUUCUGAAUCCUGGAGAAGACUUCCGAGGUCUCUUAAGACUUGUGUCUUGGGUCACUGUUGUGGGUGAGACCCAGUGUUAUUCCUCUUGAACUGACGCUCUCACUCCAGCAUAGGCCCAGCCAUCCAGUUUUCCUCUUUUUACCAACUCUCCUCAAAGGCACUAUCUGGACAAGUGUCUCAAAGAGCCCAGCAGAAGCCAGCUGGGGCUGGGGAGUCAAGACCCUGCUGUCAAUUUUCAUGUGUCUGGGUAUCAUGUUGCAGAAGCACCAGGUCCUAGUGACCAUGUGGCCUGAGAUGACUGCUCUGCUGACAUCUACCACCUGGACACUCUUUCUGGGGUAGCAGUUGACACUUUCCAAGGCCUACCUGCCCAGGUGUAUCCAUCACUCGGGCUUUAUACGGGUCAUAGUGGGGAAGGCUUAGGCUUUGUAUCCCCACAACAAGCAGUGUUUCUUAAGACAUUUGUCUCUAAAAUUACAUCUUAACUCUUGAAAAGUUUGUGUAGGAUGAAGAACCUUUAGAUGAUAUGUAUAUGCUGUAACACUAAAGAUUUGUAAAUGAGCCAUACAAACAAUGAGUAAUGUGAAGGCUGUUGACUUAUACUUUCACGGGUAGUCAUUUCUAAUGUAAAGGGCUAUUAGAAGACUUUUUCGGGGUUGUUUUUCAUGUUUCUAUAGUUGUCAUAUGAAUUUUUCAUCCAUCCAUUUUUGCUAACUCCUUGAAUCUAUAAAAUCAGUAGGAGAGGGUAGAACCCAGUAGGCAAUAGCAUCCAUUUCUUCAUUCAUUUUCCAGAUUCUUAUAGAAACUCUGUCAUGCCAGGUGUUGGUCCAGGGAUUUGAACUGGAUGGGAGUGAGACUGAUCAGCCAAGGCAUGAAAAGAAAGUGUUUCACAGUCCUUUACUAUAGUCACAGAAAUGAUUCCUUUACAUUAUAGGCCACAAGGUGAAAUAUUAAGUCUUGUAUUCAGACUGUAUACACUCUAUCUUAAUUAAAAACAAAACAAAAUAAAACAUUCAACAGGGAGUUAGAGGAUUUUGCAUAGUCAUCUUCUACUGAGGUGAAGUGAAGAACCACUCCCAUUCCAUUAUAAUCUUAGAUCCAAGUUCUAAAUAAAUGAAUACUUGAAUGUUUCUGCAUGUAAUAAUAGCAACAAUAUUUUUCUUAAAACUGUUGGUUCUGCCACUUUCAUCUUCGUAACAGAAACUUGCAUUUAGCAAUG